CCACACUAUAAAAGCCAGAGGGCAAAGGCUGUCCGUUUGCAGUUUACUUAUUGGUACUCGUUGGCUGGCCCUAGGGUUUUACAUUUUGUAGUUCCUCUCCUCUAUACUUUCUACUAACAAUGAGUCGUCAUCCCGAGGUGAAGUGGGCUCAAAGAAGUGACAAGGUUUUCAUUACGGUGCUAUUACCCGAUUCUAAGAAUGCAAAGGUCAAUCUUGAACCAGAGGGAGUGUUUACUUUCUCUGCUAAUGCUGGAGCUGACAAUAACCUAUAUGAGUUGAAGUUGGAACUUCAUGAUAAGGUCAAUGUGGAGGAAAGCAAAAUUAAUAUAGGGGUUAGGAGCAUAUUCUGCAUCUUGGAGAAGGCUGAGAAAGUGUGGUGGAAUAAAUUAUUGCGCGGUGAUGGCAAGACCCCCCAUUAUGUCAAAGUGGACUGGGACAAAUGGGUGGAUGAAGAUGAAGAGAAUGGUAUUGGUGAUCUCGACUUGGGAGGAAUGGACUUCUCGAACUUUGGUAAUAUGGGAGGAAUGGGUGAUGGUGGCAUGGGUGACUUUGAAGACAGUGAUGAUGAAGAGCAAGAAGUGACAAAGCCAGAAGGAGAUGCAAAGCCAGAGGAGGUAGUUGCUGGAACUUCGGAGAAAAAAGAAGCUGCACCAAGCACAUGAUAUCAUGUUAGCUGAAGAUAUCAAAUUGUGUUAACUUAUAGUUGUACGUUAUAUUUUAGGUCUCUUUGAUGGGAUCAAAGCGUGCUGGUUUCCUAACUGCGUGAGAUUAAAGUUUGGGUAAUCCGGGAAGAUAUAUGUGUCUGUCUAAUGGACAGGCAAUUAUCUCUUUGACUCGAAUUAUGGUGUUGGACUUGUACCUUUAAAUCAUUUGUUGUUUUAUGGAGAUAAUUAGAAAUGAGAAUUUGGAUUUCAUCAUU